UCAGAUUCACAGCUCGAUGAGACCUAUCCAAGCGACUCGGAAGUUUUUAAAACGUCAGAGUUUAAUGUUUCGCCACGUCGCACACAUUAUCAAAGGCAUAUCGUUACACUAUAGUAACUAUAUUCACGCACACACAGGUAGGAUCACAAACACAAGCGGUUCUACCUGCGCAAGAGUCACAUUCCGUCACCCACCUCCGCGAUUGGCCGGCGAGCCUGCAAAGGCUUUGAACAGCGUUCGAAUUUUUAAAUUUAGAAAGUUUUGCUCAGUGUUUGUGAUUGUUUGGUACGAGGCAUAAUGUCGGCAGUGUUGUAAGAUCAACCAUGUCGAGACUAGCGUGUGUCCUAGCGGUGGCGGGUGCCGCAACCGCCCAGCUGACUCUCGAUGGCAUCCGAUGUGGCCAACUGCUGUGCCAGCUUGAAGAGUACUGCUCUCCAGACACCAACCGCUGUGCACCCUGCAACAUCGUCUGCAACAAGACCAGUCAUAACUUCGAUGCUGGAUUGUGCAUCAAAGAAUGUCAAGGCUACCUCCUCGACCAGAGGUACAUGCGGAGGUCAGAAGAGUCACACCCCACUGGAGAUUUAAGCGGUGUGCAGCGUCAAGCGCAGACCGCUCUCAUCAUCAGCGGGGUGGCUCUGGCCAUCUUGGUGCUCAUUCUGAUCAUCGUCUGUCGAGGAAAGUUCUCUUGGCGAUACCUCAAGCAAAAAUUUCAGCCGGCUAAGAACCGCGUGAAGCAGUAUCCAAACGAUUUGACGCACCACAACCCUCACGCUGAAAUGCCCAAACCGAAACACGAACUCAAACUGGAGAUACGGAACCCCGAACCCGCGAAACGACCUCAACAGCCUCUGAACGCACGAGACCUGGAGACCAGGACAUCACAGACGGAGAAGAGUCAAGGAGCCACAACGCCUAAGACGAUCAGCACAGCGCUCAGUAACCGACACCCAGCCGAAGACACUACAUUAGAUUUUUCGUACGAUAAUAUGGGAAUGAAUGUCACACCGCCGGAACAGCCCGCUACCAGCCACAAGUUCUGAGGUCCGGCGGUCAGCUUCGGAGGCGAAACGGUCAGGUUCAUACAGGUCACAAGUAGCCGCAGCACCGCCGCCUCAGAAGAAUAAACUUCUAAGUUUAUUGCAUCUGCCUUUACCCAAUUUUACAACGCUCCAACGUUCCAGGCUUAUUAAAUAAGCAUGCAGGUAACGUGGGUUUUACGGAGUUUUGCUCUAAAGAAUGUACUGCCGUCCAUACAGUUUUUUUAUUGGCUGAAAGGGCAUUUCCCUAACGUGUGGUCUCUACGGUACGAAUUUUAUCUAUGACUAAUCUGGUUAUGAUUCAUAUUUUAUGUAAUUCACGUAUAUUGUAGUCGUAUUAAGACGCCGUAAGGGAAUAUGUGACAUUUAAUUAGCUAUAGGACUCUAAACAACACUGAAGCACACACUUAAUAAUAGACUGCACGUUUAAACGUAAGUUUUGAAUAAUUUACUAUUCAUACUUUUGUUCUGUCUGUAACAAUAUCCAGGCAUCGAAUUUGAACUAAGUAAUAGCAAUUUUUCUGAUAUCGAUUUAUGAAAAUAUGGUAUGUUACAAGUAAGUGAUGUAUCGAUAUUAUAUUCAAUAUGUUAUUUAAUGAAAAAUGUGCACUCUUUACAGAUUCAUAAUAACAUCAAUUGAUUUAAAAUACGACCAACUUAAUAAUAUAAUCUCAUGUACCUUUAAGAUAUAGUACUUAAGAUCAAUAAUAUUUGUAUUACAUAUAGGUAUAUUUAUUUAAAAAUCUGUAAGAAUAACACCAACAUUCAUAGUUAUAACAAGAAUUACUUAUAAGACAAGUAGACCCUUUUGGUGCAGCUAAAAUUUAAUAUAGAAUUAUGUAAAUAUAUAGCGAAGUUAGUUUAAGCUCAAAUGCAUAACAAUUUAGUAAUAAUAUUACGAAAUUAUAACUUCAGUAGGAUUAUCCGUAUGAAACUGUAAUUGUGCUUUACGCAGUACAAAUUCAGAAUAUUAGAAAAUUAGAUUUUGAUCGUAGUAGAGCGGAUAAAUUAUAAGAUUAGGUAAUCCGGUGUAAUACGGAGGAUUUAAAAUAUAUUAUGCCCGAAUAGUAUUAACCCAUCUGUUAAAUUAAUUAUAACGUAUAUACAUGUGUCUAUAAACAAUAUUGUUAGCCUCUGCGUAAAACAUAAAAUUUUAAUGUCGAGACUUUUUAUGUAUUUCUUGUAACAUAUUUUGGCAACCGCCGUUCCAUUUACUGUCACAAAAGAAUAAACAAAGAAAAUUGAUGGACAUUACAUAGCUACCAGUUUCAUAAUUUAAUUAAUUAUUUACGAUAUGAACGUGUAUUCGUUUAGCAAUAAUUCCUGUACACAUAUGUAUUGUAUAUUGUAGAUAAAUGAUUGGAUUCACGGGGCCGAAGCCAGGCUCGAUUGAUGAACAUUCACAAAACAUUACUUGCGAGCGGGAAUUUCAUUUUCCUGCAGAAUAAUAUAAUACGCUGCAUAGCGAAACAUUUUGAUGGCACUAAUUAAUGCUGCACCGCGUUUAACAAUUCAAUGGGCAAGGUGGUCUCGCUUAAUGGAGAUACAAUGAACAACAACCUUAAUUGAUAGUGGUUUACACUUUCAAAAGAUACCAAUACAAUGGUAUAGUACACUUUAAUAAUGAAACAAUUAUAAUUUUAUGACACGUCCACGUUGCGGGAAAUGAGACCUGUUAUGAUGCAAUUUUAAUUUACUGUACAAAAGUUGUUAAUUUACAUACUUAAUAAAAAAAUCGAGACAGAAUUUGGUCGAGUCUGGUGAUUUCUCAUUCCACUAUAAGAAUAGUAUGUAUAUUAAGUCUAUAUAAUUAAGAUACUUAUAGUAUGCUUGUAUUAUUGUAAUUUAAUUAUGUUGUAUAUUUUCGAGUUCGACUCGGGUUAAAUAAAUAUUCAGCAUGGCUGAGGUAGUUUUUUAUUUAUGGUUUAUGUUAAAUGUAUGUUGUAUGUUGGUGUCGGGCGAAUAUUGUUACAUAUCUAAAUUAACUUUGCGAUAGUUGCAUGUUGUUGAGACGUUUUAUGAUUAACAGACGUUGGUAGUGAAGUCGUGAGCUGUAUGGUGCACCUACGGGAAUGCAAGCAUGCUUGGCAAGUUAAAGCCGCCGUUGUAAACUACGUUGAAACUAGCAGGCUUACGACUAACUACACUGUACUCAACAAUAUUAUCCCUCAACCUCGUGUGUGCUUCAAAUUAUUUUAAACAAUACGAAUUAGUACUACAGUAUCUCGCAAAACACAUUGUGUGGACAGUCUUGUGGAUUUUCUUAAUGUUGUAUGUACUUGUAACGGUCUUUCGCAAAUAUUUGCCUUGCCGGGUACACCUAUGCAGUUUGGUAUUGUGAAGCGGUGGCAUACUUUCUAUGUAGCUCUGGCCCCCUGCAUAGGUUUAUACGGUAGGUAUUCCAAUAUGUGUUCCAGUAAUCCUUUGUUGACAUCACUGGCCUGCUUGGUAACAAUAUCUGAGACCCAGCUCGUACCGUUGACAUUAAGGAAUUAUUUAAAAAUAGAUGUUUUAUUUCACGAAAGCGGGUCAGCUGUGCUUGUGUGUGUGAAAUGUGCAUGCACUUUGUAUGUGCUGCUCGAGAGAUAGGGAGUGUUCAGCAGUGGUCGAGACGUGGACCCACACAAAGACAAUAUGCGUGUACAUUUACACACACCAGUAUGGCUUAACCGCUUUCCUGAAAUAAAUCAUUGUUAUUACUUUGAUUAUUAUGUGUGAUGUUAUUAUUGUGAAGUGAUUUUAUGUACUGCUUUUAUUGUUCGUUUUAAAUAAUGAUAUUAUAGCAACGCAUAUAAGCUCACCAAAAGACGUAUGUUUAGUAUGAAAGAGAUAUACAAUUUCUCAUAUUAGGUAUAUUGAAAUUGGUAAAUUGUAGGGUAAAGUUAAACUGUUAAUAAUUACAAUAAUUGUUAAUUACAGUUACAUGAAAUUAGCAACAAAUUGAUUGCUUUUGUUUAGGAUUUAAAGUUGGAGGAGUUCAUUAUUUAGUUUCGAUAGUGUUUUGUUAUUUCAAGCAUUCCCUUAGUGCCUUUUUAUUUAGUGUUAGCUAGCUUACCUACUACUACGUCAAAUUACAUCAGAUAGAUUUAGUAAAUUAAUGUUCUUUAUUACAUUAGAGAGUAAUGUUAGGUAUAAAAAGUCGCAAUUUAGAAAAAUACUGAUAUUAACCAGAUCUCGAAAAAAUAUUUCAAUGAAGAACUUCUUGGCUUUUCAUUAUUUUAAAGUAACUCAAUAAGUAACCGAAACGCAAGUUGAAUAUCUUACGUAUGAACUUUCCUUUUUUAAUAUCUGAAUAAAACUAUUAAAACAACCUGGGUAUUCAAGUUGCCUUUGCGGUUUUUAUAUAACAACCCUUCAAGAUCGAAAGUAUUUACUUUAAAAAUAAUAAUCACCAAGAAGUUUUGUAAAAUAUUGAAAUUACAAUUUAUGCGUCAAAAAUUUUAUAUAAUAUUGUAGAUUUUCAGAAAAAUAAAGUCUAUGUCAGUUUUAGAUCCCAGACAAUUAUGGUUGCGCAAAAUAUCAUAGCAUUCAUUAUUUAAAUUUUAAAACAGUAUGUUCUUAUUUAAUAUCACAUCCAGAUCUAAAGAGGGUAACUAAAAAAAAAACGAAAAGCAUAUUAUAGUAGUCUGUGAUAGAAGUUCUGUAUAGAAAAAUAUUUUUUAGACGCAGCUAGAACAUAUUUUUUAAAUCUGUUUUGAUGGUUGGCCGAUGGGUAUUCGUUGAGGGAUUUCAAAUAUUCUCAAAAAACUGGACUACCCCUUUAGAUUUAAGAGUGAGAUAUUCCUUUUCAUUUAUUGCAUUAUCACGUUACUACAUUUAGGUAAGACAUUACGAUAUAUUAGAAUCAUUCAAUAUUGUUUAAGAAAUACUUUGUCUGUAAAAGUAAAUGUAUUUACUAGGCUAGUUUUUAAUGCUACUUCGAAAUCAUGAAGCUACCUUAUACUUUAUAGAGAGAACUAUCUAACUUAUCUAUAAACAUUGCCUAAAAUUAUUUGUAUGCAGGAUCCGCACUAUAAAAUAUUAAUUCUAUUGACUAUCGAGAGGCAUUACGGAGAUUGAGCACUUACCAGUGCCUAUAAUACAACAAAACUCCAUCGGCAAAUUACCUAAAUCUGUUUGGAGAGCUGUUUUGAUAUUUCACGUUGAACCGGCUUUGUGCUCUUUGAGCUAUUACCGCAAUACAAAUGCGCUAGGAUUGCCUGAUUCAAAUCCAUGGAGAAUAAAUGACUAGCGGACGAGCCAUAACAGAAAAUUUCCUAAAAAAGAAACGCGCCAGAAUGCAAGCUUGUGGGGAGCGAGGAAAUAUACUAUGCGCCUCUAUACGCCUUUUUUGGACCUGACCUUUUUUUGUAACACGAGAAAUCAUUGACAGAUGGCUCAAAGUGACGACUCGUUAGUUCACUGAUAGUUUUGGUUAUACCCAGCGUACCUGCUUGACCCAGAAGAAGGCGCCUGACCUACCUGUAUUGUGACAUCUCCGCUUGUUUCCUUUCUCCGUGUUCAAAUCCUAGACCGGAUUAUCGUGUUAUAAUACAUGGCAAUUUGUGCUUGCAUCAUUACGGAGAAACAUCUUUCCCCCGACAAUUUCUGAGAGUACUUAUAAUUCAAGAACUGAUGUCUGUAUUACCAGAUAAUAUUUUGGUAUUGUUACCCUAAUACGGAAAGGAUUUAGCUUGAAUUUUAGUUUUGUGGCAUAACUGGACAUUUUAUUCCAAGAAGUUCUUGUUAGGAAAUUCCUUGACUCUUAUAACGAUGCAUUGUAUCUGUUUAGUUUUCUUGGCUUGUAAAUCGCAUUUCAGGUUAAUUUCGCUGGUAGAAAAUGCAUAGUUAGUAAUAAUAUUCAGUAUUUGCCGUUUUUAGAAGACAUAGUUAUUAAAAAUUUUAUGGUUGCAUAGAAUCAGCCACGUGGUCUGAUGUUCAUUAAUCCGCCGUCUUCCGACUUCUUAAGUUAAUCAAUCAUAACUAUUCAAGGCUUAGACUUUACCAUAAUAAUAAGUAUUACUUAGGGUGCUUCUACACGGUACAUGUAGCUGGAGCAAGUAAACAUGCGCAAGUGAUCCGCGCGCAAGCAACAGAGCACUCGGGCGGGUCACUUGCUUUGGUAUAGCUCGAGUCGCUAGACCCGCACAUGUUUUUAAAAUGCAUACGACCUGCGCAAGUGCCUCAAUAUGAGCAAGCUACUUGCAUCGUGUAGAAGCACCCUUAGCUGAGUGCAUGUCGUUUACUUUUAAAUGAUGAUUAAAUAAUACAAUAACGUGCCUGUCCUUCUAUAAUACAUCGUCAUAGGUAUAAUUUUUCACAAGAACACAGUUAUUCUUGUUUUUUUAAGUUAGUGAUGGGAAAGAUUUGUUUAUGACAUAAAUGUUUGCACAAUUUGCACAGUUGGAGCGACCCCCAGAGCGGCCUCCCAAUCCAUCGUCUUCCCACCUCGUAGCUUUGUUAGUAAUAACUGUUGGAUUAUAUUGGCUUUGCACAUAUUCGCGUAGUGAAAUACCGCCUUCGAGGCCUUUAAUCCACCGUCUUCCUAAGUUAGUUCUUGUUUUAAGAUGUGCACUUUUCAAACACCCCGUAUGAAUAGUUACAGUAUGGAAGUGUUGGUAGCAUUUUCUAUCAUCUGCUUGGGUGCAUUCAUAAGAUGGAAUAGAAUUAAGAGCACUGCAAACUUUUAGUCAGCCGAUAGUUCGAUCGGUCUUUAUGUUUGUCGGAGGACCUCGGUCACGGCCUCCUAAUCCAUCGUCUUCUGAACCUAUAGUUUGUCAUAUAUCUACAGAUAAGUUUUAAAAAUCCUAGUACAGUUGUAAAUACUAUGUGUUUAUGGUUUAAGUUUAAUAUUUAACGGUUAAUGAAAUAUCAGUAGAGCUUAUAAAUAGCUUGUAGAAGGAUAAAAAAAUAGAUCAAUAAUACUACGCAUACUUUAUAAUGGAUACUGUUUUUAGGAGUGCGCAGAUUUUGUUUCCUUUUCGUUCGAUAGUGAUGGGAUAGGUUUUUUUUUUAUUUUGUUUAUGCUCAGUUUGCACAAUUUGAGCUACCGAAUUCGGGUUUUAUGCUUUCAACUUUAAUACUUUUGGGGAUUUGUUAGUACUCUUUCCUUUUCUAUCAGAUUAUUAUACUUACACAAUGAAAACUAUAUAAAAACACUAUAUUCGGCCAACGAUGCUAUAUUGAAACACUAUAUUCGGCCAAUACUGUUUGUUCUCAUAAUGAAGUAAAAUAUAAGUGCGAGGGUACUCAGUUAAAAGAUCCUGACGUCUUCAUGAUUCCGAGGUAUCAUUAGUAUCUCUUAUAUAAGUAGCAAUAUUGUGGUAGGUUCUUGCGAGGAUUAAUAUAGAGAAGAUAGUGUAAUUAUUUAUAAUAUUAAUAAUAGGCAUUUUACAUCACAGGGAACCAUUAAGUACUUGAAAUAAAAUAAAAAAACAGUUGAAAAUGCAGAUUAAUUCAAUACUAAUAGGAUAACAUUAUCCGUAACAACAUCCGUAACUAUGUAGCUAUAUAUCAGUUCAUAAAAGAUCUUAUUCUCGGAACGUAUUUUCAAUAGCAGUCACAUUUUAUGGAUGAACCGUAUUCAAAGUAGAUGUGCUAGAAUUCGGAACAGGCAUAAAGCUCUUUUACACGUUCCUAGUGAUACAUGUCAAACAGGGGUAAUAUUUUUUAGUACUUCAAAGGACAUGGCCCGGGGAACACGAGGUCUUUCGUGUUUUGUUACCAUCCUUAUGGUUUGAUAGUUAUAAACGCCUAUUGGCUAUUGAGAUGCUACUGAGUACUAAAAACUUAUUAUCUGAGCUGGCGUUCUGUUGACCACAAGACAAUUGACGAUCUUACAUU